GCAGCUUGUCUGGUGAGGAGUUUCCACUGAAGGCGGUCCCACGGUCUUUUCAGGAAGUAAUACACUAGAGGAAAUUUUUAUUUGCGUUGUAAACGCACAAAGUUCCUUGUUUGCGACCCUAUAUUCUGGUGUGGUAUGACUUUAUUCCCACAGAUCCUUUAUACUAAACAAAGCGACCUAAACGUUGCUGCGCGUAAUGAUAAUUUAACGCGAGCGCUCGACGCAAGAUUGCGCAAAAAACGGAGAUGGCCACCGUUACAGUUGUGGAUCUUACGCAUCUAAAUUGUUCAGAGUACGAUAUUUGUUUGGAGAAGCGCAUGAGAAAGUUUUGUGCAAAUCCUGAGAAUGGGUCGCAGGAUCCUAUCUUCGUUACAGUACUCCAAGAUAACUCCACGGGAACGGACAGAUUUCCAAGAAACUCUAUUCGGGAGACGUGUGUUGGUUUACAGAAUUCACCACAGAUUCUGUGCAAAAGCUCUCUUUGUGCCUCGCUGUACUCAUUGAAACAGGCUAUAGACAAAAAGGAAAUUGCAGAUGUAAAGAUCAUCACUUCGACCCACGGAAGAGAAAUGUUUCAGGUCUACCAGGAGCUCAUCUUCACUUUGGCAUAUACCUUUGAAUACAUUAUCGUAUUUGACAAUCUGUCCUGUCCACUGGGGGAUCCCACGAUCAACUGCACACAGAUCGCUGAAGUUAAACGUGAGGUUAACACGUUUUUGCGGCACCUUCCAGCGGUCAAAGGAGAUAUCACAAGUAUUAGGUCGCCUUUAAUUUCAGACUGUUUUGCUCAUGGCUUCACCACUCGGACCGGAGGUAUAUCUUACAUUAACACUUUGAGCUCACUGAACCUCUUUUGCAAUCCUUGGCGCAAAGACUCCAGAGCUGUGGUGUCUGAAAAUCUCCGCCGCCUUGGCCAACAGGCUGGAUUUCAACCUCAUCAGUUUAACCUCAUAAAGUGCAAUCAUGCAAAUGAUGUGUGGGUGAUGGGCAAACCUGCACCCGACAGUUAUGAUGGAAUGGUUACCAACCAAGCAGGCGUUGUCAUAGCAGCACCAGGAGCUGACUGCAUGCCGCUGCUGUUCACUGACCCUGUAAAAAAGGUCAUUGGAGUAGCACAUGCAGGCUGGAAAGGAACCCUCAUGGGAAUUGCCAUGGCAACAGUGAAUGCUAUGGUGUCAGAGUUUGCCAGUAGGCCUGAAAACAUUGUAUGUGUGAUUGGGCCUUCUGUGGGACCGUGCUGUUUUACUCUGGAGCAACAUUCAGCUACAGAGUUUUAUGCCAUACAUCCAGAUUGUGUAAGACACAUGGAGUCACCUACACCUUAUGUUGAUAUCAGACUCACAACCAGAGUUCUACUGGAGAGAGGUGGACUUAAGCCAGAACACAUUGAGAACAUCCAAAUCCCAAAUGAAACCGGUUCCACACUUUGCACUUCCUGUCAGCCUGAAUUAUUCUUCUCCCACGUAAGAGAUGGAGUCAACUUUGGAACACAAAUUGGAUAUGUGUGGAUCAAAGAGGAAUAGAACCAAUAAUGUGUUUUACCAAAGACUAACUGAAUGUGCACAAAAAGCAUUUAUGCAUUAAUUAUAUACAUUAAUUAAUAUGGGAUUGUUUUGCCACACUGACAAAACAACAUGUAUUAUACUUGGUGAAAACUUCAACAGUUGCAUGCAUUGAAAAUCACAAACAGCAGGACAGCUUGGAAAGUCAAAGAAACCUCACCUAAAUAUAGCUAACUCGGGAUUUGUGUGUUGACAUCUGUCAGUAUAAAAAGUUCUGUCUUUUAUUCAUUCUAAAAUGUAUUGUAUGUACAUACACAGUAUUAGGAUGUGUUGAAAGGGUUUAAAUAGCCUACUUUAAACUGACCGUGAAUGUACGCUAGAGGGAGCUCAUAGUGUUUUUUCCUCUUCUCAACCGUACACCAAGAAAGAAAGAAAGAAAGAAAGAAAGAAAGAAAGAAAGAAAGAAAGAAAGAACGUGUUUAUGUAAGAAACUCCGUGACUAUAUUUUAUUUGGAUGAGACAGCAGAGGGCGCGCGUCUACCCGCGUCUACACACUGUUUGCGCUUGUUUGUUUAGAAAG